AUGCAUCGUUUUACUGAUAUAGAAUCAACUCCCAAACGACUUACACCAGUCUACGGCUACUUAACGCAUCAGUUAGUACCUUUACAAAAAGCUCUUGAACCAAUCUCGUCUCAGAUUGAUCAACUAGAUCGUUUUAGUAAAAUAGCUAAAAACGAAUGUCACUUUCCUUCUGAACAUGGACUUACUCGAGAUGAAUCAGCUGCUAUUUUUCUCUACACAAUGGAAUGGGGUGAGAGUAGUUUAUAUCAAGUAAUUAAUCGUACUCUUCGUGCCGAAGAUCGAUCAACAUUGAAACCAUGGUUUGGUUACCUCAAAUUAUUUGAUGCAGCUGUACAAAAGCUACCCACUGUUCAAAAAAAUAUAUGGCGUGGUGCUGCAAGAAAUAUAGCGCAGAACUAUAAAGCAGGUGAUGAGUUCACUUGGUGGACCAUCAGUUCAUGUUCAACUACCGUUAACAUUAUCAAAGAUUUUCUUGGAUCCAACUCAACAUUAUUCUUGAUUGAAGCUGUGAAUGGAAAAGAUAUUUCCAAGUAUACAAAUUACCCAAGUGAAAAUGAAGUUAUUCUUUGUCCAGGUACUCGACUUCGUGUAGUCAGUGAUCCUCUUGAUCAGCCACCCAUGCAUGUAGUUCAUUUACAAGAAGUUACUGACGAAACCGAAGAUCAACUCACAACAACGUUCCAUGCCAUGGAAGUGACAUCUUCUUCAAAAACUGAGUCAAUCUCUAAAGCGAAAACUGUUCAGUCUUCACAAAUUCAAAUUGUUACUGAUCAAUGGGGUAAUAGAUAUGAAGGAGAAUUGAGGGAGGGAAAAAAGCAUGGCAAAGGAAAAAUGGAUUAUGCAGACGGUAACAAGUACAUAGGCGACUGGGCCAAUGACGUAAGAACAGGUCAAGGUGUUUUUAUUUGGUCUGAUGGUAGUCACUACGAGGGACAAUCUAAAGAUAACAAUAUGCACGGCAAAGGUACAUUUGUUUGGGGACCUGAUUCACAAUGGGCAGGUCUGAAAUACAUCGGCGAUUAUAUCGAUAACAAAAGAACAGGACAAGGGGUUUACAUUUGGCCUAAUGGCAAUCGUUACGAGGGACAAUUUAAAGAUAACAAUCGACACGGCAAGGGUACAUUUAUUUGGGCACCUGAUGCUAAAGGAACUUACGACAAGUACACAGGCGAUUGGGUUGAUGACAUAAGAGCAGAUCAAGGUGUCCAUGUUUUUGCUAACGGUGAUCGUUACGAGGGGCAAUUCAAAGAUGGGAAACAACAUGGUAGGGGCAAAUUGACGUAUGCUAAUGGCAAAAUUCAAGAAGGAAUGUGGUCGAACGGCACUUUUGUUGACUGA